AUGGCUCGCACAAAGCAGACCGCACGCAAGUCCACCGGCGGCAAGGCUCCCCGCAAGCAACUCGCCACCAAGGUAGCGAGGAUGUCUCAGCCACUGGCAGGGAGGGUUAAGCGACCGCACCGGUUCCGGCCGGGGACCGUGGCGCUGCGUGAGAUCCGUAAGUACCAAAAGAACACGGAUCUGCUGAUCCAGAAGCUGCCGUUCCAGCGUCUGGUGCGGGAGAUCGCGCAGAACUACAAAACGGACCUGCGGUUCCAGAGCCACGCCGUGCUGGCGCUGCAGGAGGCGGCCGAGGCCUACCUCGUCGGCCUCUUCGAGGACACCAACCUCUGCGCCAUCCACGCCAAGCGCGUCACAAUUAUGCCCAAGGACGUCCAACUCGCUCGUCGCAUCCGCGGCGAGCGCCAUUAA